CAAUUUGUACUUUCCAACCAAUUGCCUACACUCACAAACACACGCCUCGUUGGUAUAUAACACCAACUCUGAGUGGAAAGAGAGACAAAUUUGAUUUAUGAACGGUUAACUGACCAUGUACCAGUGAUAUUACACAGGGAACAUGAAGAACUACCAUUCUAAGCAAGGUUCCCAGGGGGGGAAGAAGUGGGCAGGACUUCUGGCGUGUCAGACCAUCCUCCUUGUGCUGAUUGGCCUCUUGGUAUCCAUCAGCACCAAUCAGGCAGCUGCAGAGCCCCUGUCAAAUGUCACUCAACCUCGGGAGACCCCCGAGGAAGAGUUGGCAGCCCUGAAGUUGGAUAUGAGUACUGUGCUGCUUCGCUACAGCCGCCUACGUGAUAACUAUGCCAGUCUGGCAAAAAACUGCUCUGCCACAGUGGUGAAUUUCACAGGGUGCCCAGAGGGGUGGCUUCAUGUACUGGUAAAUGAAAAAUGUUACUACUUCAGUAAUGACAAGAUGGACUGGCCGAGCAGCAGAGACAAUUGUACAUCAAUGGGCGGCCACCUUAGCAUCCUGCACAGCAAGAGCGCGCAUGAAGCCCUGGAAAAAGAGGCAAGUGGGAUUGGUGUGUUUAAUACCUACUUCUGGAUCGGCCUAUCAGACAGAGAGAUGGAGGGGGACUGGAGAUGGGUGGACAACACAACGCUCACAAAUAACUUCUGGAAACCGUUUAGCUUGGAGCCUGAUAACAAUGUCUCCGGUGGGCUGAAAGGUGAGGACUGUGUGGUCAUGGAGAGUAACACUCAUGCCUGGUCCGACGUGCCCUGUGAAUUCAUCUACUACCGCAUCUGUCAAAUGGAUGCCUUCCCCAUUACUUCUCCUUGAAUCAGCGGGUGAAAGACACCGCUGACCAUGAAAUGAACUUAGAGUGGCAGGGAUUCAAUAGAAGGCGCAUUGUAGGGUUGCACUGUUGACAAUGUGCAUUUUAAAUGCGAUUUUCCCCAUGUUUUAGGAAUUCAAAUUCUGUGUAAACGCAGUGGUAAUCAAGUGUAAAUUCCCUUUUAAAGUCAAAUGCAAUGUGCAUUUCCCUAACGUGCAUUGGAUUGAAUGCCAGUCACGGUAAUGUAAUCAGUCAAACCAGAUGAAGAAGUGACCGUUGGUAUCUACUUGUGUUGGUGUCUGUCCACCCACCACUGAAGGUAUUUCAAUAAAGCUGCCAAUCAGUCA